GGGGCGUCAUUCCAACACCUUCCUGCCAUCGGUCAUCCGUCUUCUUUCUUUCCACAACUACAAGAAUGCGCCGGGUUCUCUAUUGUGCUCUGGUUCUGGUUGCAUUUAGCUCGUGCUGCAGUGACUUCACCAGCGCCAAGGAUGUUGCUACGAACGAACAUGUGAUACUUAAGUUUGACACGAGGAAAGUCUUCAAGGCAAUCAAGAGAAUUCAACAUCUCCGUGGGCAGCACAAGGUGAACGAAGAAGAGAGGUUGAUGAAUGUGGUACUUGUGAUUGCUGGGGCGGGUGUUCAUGGGGGGAAUGGUGGACAUGUUCCAGUGGUGCCUGGGACUAUUGAUGCAAUGGGGGGUCUUCCGUCUGGAGGGUCUGGAGGCAUGGCAGCUAUCAAUGCGGCACUAUUGCUGCUCACGUUGGCUGGCCUAGCUGGUGGCAUUACGUAUUUGGUGAAGAAAUAGCUGGUCAGUUGAAUCAUGUGCAUUAACUUACCCACUAUAAUGCAAGGUUUGAGAAUUUCAAAGGGAAU